AUCGAUCCCACCUCUAACCAACCCGCGUUGCCGUACUUCAAUUCCGAAGUACGUACUCCUCCACACCAUUUCUACACCUUCAUCUACAUCUACAUCAGAAACCCCCCUCGGCUUGGGUCUCUUCUGAUCAUAUUCCUCCCUCUUUCCCCUCGCUUCCGCCGCAAUCCCUACCCUAAGUCAGGCCUUGCCAUCUUUCGCCUUAAGCCGCCGCCGCCGCCGCCCUCCCCGCUAUACCUUUGGUCUGAUUUAAAACCGUCUUCCUCUAUCUACAAUCAAGCUGGCAGGGAAUAAGCGGAGAAGUUUUUCUAGCCAGGGUGGGUUGCUGAACAGAAUGUUCAGUGGCUCCUCGAGCCCACCCAAAGACAAGUCAGAUUCAGUUCCACAUUCCGGUGCUGUUGAUACGCAAUCUUUGAGUGUACUUGAAGAAGGCACUCCGCCUCAAAGCAGCAAGUUUCUAUCGUCCGGCGGAUUUUUCAAUAGAAGGACUAGCGAAGACCAGGGCCCUACCGGAGAGAAGAAGCGCCGGAGUAGCACAGUCACGAAGGCGGCGACGUUUUUCACCAACGCGAAGAAUUCGCUGAGCUUGAGUAGUAGUCCCCGCGAAUCUUCUUCUAUUAAUUACACGGUUCGACCGCCACAAACCCUGCAGUCACUUGGGAGCAUGGACCCGGCAUUGAGUGUCCCCCAAGGGUCAUUGAACAAUUCGGCUGGCGAUUCGCUACCAACUCCUCGCUCAUCAUUCAAAGUUGGUGUCACAGAGGAUCGAAAUCGAAAAUGUCGCCGGACUAUGGAGGAUACCCAUGCAUACCUGUACAACUUUUUGGGGACGCCCGCACCCUUAGCCCGGGCUGAUGGCGAGAGCAACGAGAUUGAUUUUUCCCUCGCACCGGACGAAACUUCCAGCGUUAUCGAGACCGACAACGGCUAUUUCUCUAUAUUUGAUGGGCAUGCCGGCACAUUCGCUGCUGAAUGGUGUGGGAAGAAAUUACAUCUAAUUCUAGAAGAAAUCAUGCGGAAGAAUCCCAAUGCGCCUGUUCCGGAACUUCUUGACCAAACAUUUACUAGUGUUGAUCAGCAAUUGGAGAAGUUACCUGUGAAAAACAGUGGGUGUACUGCUGUCGUUGCGCUCCUGCGAUGGGAAGACCGGAUCCCCAGCUCGCAUUCGGCCACCGGCUCUUCGGCACUUGCUCCCGCGGCCGCUGCUGCCGCUGCGAGGGACGAUUCCAAUUCGGAAGCUGAUGACACACCGACCCAAGCCACUAGUAGUGGCGCCUCCAUCCUUCCGAAACUGCAAGAGAAGGCUAUACGGCAACGCGUCUUGUAUACGGCCAAUGUCGGUGAUGCUCGUAUAAUCCUUUGUCGCAACGGCAAGGCGCUCCGGUUGUCCUACGAUCACAAGGGUAGCGAUGAGAACGAAGGCAAGAGGAUAACGAAUGCCGGGGGCUUGAUCCUUAACAAUAGAGUAAAUGGCGUUCUCGCAGUGACCAGAGCCUUAGGCGAUGCAUAUCUCAAGGAUCUCGUCACCGGACAUCCGUAUACUACAGAGACUGUAAUUCUGCCGGACUCUGACGAAUUCAUUAUAUUGGCCUGUGAUGGCCUUUGGGAUGUCUGCAGUGAUCAGGAAGCCGUCGAUCUUAUUCGCAAUGUUCCAGACGCUCAGGAAGCAUCUAAGAUCCUUGUCGAUUAUGCCCUUGCGCGAUUCAGCACCGACAAUCUUUCUUGCAUGGUUAUUCGAUUUGAUACCGACCGCGUCAAGGAGGUUAUCAACAGGACAGCUGACCCUAUUGGCGUUGUUGGCGAUCCAUCUAUGGACGUUGAGCAUGGAGUGAGCGAGGCAGAUAAGAUUGUCGAGGGGGCUCGGAAGAGCAUGGCCAAUGCAGGCAUCACAGACGACAGUGAAAUGGCUGAAAAGGUAAAGGAUGAAAUCCUGCAAAAGAUGGCCGAUGAGGGAUCCGGGCCAGAGCUGGCCACGAACAACCAUAAUGACGCACCAACAGUCAGUCACUUAAACAAGACUGUGGAUGCAAAUAGUGGAAGCCCUUAAGCAUCAAGUAACAACCCCCUGCAAGACUGGCGUUGUGUCAGGAAGGGCGGUUGAGCUACCUCUAUAUCUCGGUCCAGGCAAUGAAUUUGUGAUUCUGUUUUCGUUUCCCCUCUCUUUCUCUCCUUGUUAUUUAAACAACUUACUGGCGUCGAUUGCAGUUCAGGGACUUUGGGGACCUCGGUCGCCCAUGGUCACCGGCAUGAUCUUCUCUUCUUAACCCUUUGGCCCAAAUCUGGGCGGGUGUAUUUGUCAGUUCUUCUUUUGUUCUGAUUCUGUAACCUUUUUUUUUUCUCUCUCCCUUCUUAUUCGCAUCUAGAGGCACCUAACCUCUGACUUAUGGCAUUAACCGAACCAAGGGGAACUGAUCCGGUUAUACGUGUGUUCUCCCUCGGA